AUCAAAGACAAUUUGAAGUAGUUAGACUCUCUCUCUUUAUUUACCUAACAGUAAUUAUAAUGGAAUGUUUUUCUUAAACGUUCACAUCCCUUUAUGUUUAUAUCGAAACGACCUCUGGCUAUAGGUAGAUGUGAUUGAAACAAACCAUUUCAUAUUUCGAUGUUUGCAAUGUUUAUUAUUUUAAAAUGCAAUAGUCACAAUGGCGGCUUCAGCAGUGAAGGAUGUUGGGACGUAUUUGGCUGCUAAACAAGCAUCUGAAACAGAUAAAGAUUUAGCGGAAUGUUGGUCAAAGCUCGAGGAACUAUACAACAAAAAGCUAUGGCAUCAGAUAACGUUAAAGCUGGAAACCUUUGUGAAGCAUCCAUCUCUGCAGACAGAUGGGAAGUUGAUUGAUCUGUACAACAACUUCAUACAAGUGUUCGAAAAUAAGAUGAACCCGCUGUCGCUGGUGGAGAUACUGUUCCACGUGGUGCAGCAGUUCACGGACAAGCAGGAGGCCGCGGCGUUCCUGGCGAGGACCGAGGCGAAGGUCGGCGGCAGCCAGGAGGCGACGGCCUUGUGCAAGGUGUUGCGCGCGCAGAUAAUUCUGGAGCACCUCAGCGACCAGCCGGCGGUCAAGGUGCUGAUAGAUGAGAUAGAGCACAUACUCGACGAGACGGCAGGCAUCACGCCGGUUCACGGUCGGUACUACCUGCUCGCGAGUCAGCUGUACCGUAUCCAGGGGAAGCACGCCGAGUACUACCGCACAGCGCUGAGGUAUCUUGGUUGCAUUGAGUUGUCUGAGCUGAGCGUUGCAGAACAGGAAGGUCAUGCGUUUUUCCUGGGAUUAGCGGCACUGCUUGGGGAAGGAGUUUACAAUAUUGGCGAACUGCUCGCUCAUCCUGUGCUAGCGACGCUGAAAGGCAGCGAGAAUGCGUGGCUGAUCGACUUGCUGUACGCCUUCAACAGCGGCGACAUAAACCUGUUCGAGAAGAUGAAACCUCGUUGGUCCAGCAUUGCCGACCUCGCAGCGCACGAGUUGAAACUGCGGCAGAAGAUCUCUCUGUUGUGCUUGAUGGAGAUGGCGUUCAAGCGGCCAGCCGUCAGCAGGCAGCUGACGUUUGAGGAGAUUGCGAACGAAGCGCGUCUGCCCAUGAACGAAGUGGAGCUGCUGGUGAUGAAAGGUCUCGCUCAGGGACUGGUCAAAGGGGCCAUCGACCAGGUCAACGGCUGGGUCCACAUAACUUGGGUCCAGCCACGGGUGCUUGACAAGCAGCAGAUAUCGUCAAUGGUACAGCGUCUUGAAACCUGGUGUAAAGAUGUUAAUGGAAUGUCUGGACUUCUUGAAUCCAAGGCGCAGGACAUUCUGACGCUGUGAAUUUACAGCACAUUUUAGUGCCUUUUCUGUGGCGUCAUCCUGAGAUGAACAUUUGUAAGACUUUUAUGUCAUUGAAUAAUUUUCAGCAGUAAUAAAAAUAUUUCCUCUUUCCAUCAAGGAUAAAUUAUACGGUUAUUAACAAUCACAUUAUUUUGGUCUUUGUGCAUAGAAUUAUUAUAGCCUGAGAUAAUUUGAAAGUUUUAUGUAUGGAAUUUUUAAUAAAUAAUAUCAAUAUGUGUUGAAAAAAAAAAU